ACACAUACUUCAUCAUCCUAUCACCAACAAGGCAACAACCCACCACUCUCUUUCUUUCUCUCUUGCAUUGCCUAAUCAAUGAACAACCAAAACAUGAAAACCUCCACCACCACCACCACCAACCGUCACGUCGUGGCGAUCCCAUACCCCGGCCGAGGCCACGUAAACCCCAUGCUUAACCUAUGUAAACUUAUCCUUUCAAAAACCACUGAUAUAUUCAUCACUUUCAUCGUCACUGAAGAGUGGCUCGGCUUCCUCACCUCCGAGCUCCACCAUCCAUUACCAGCUAACUUUCGCUUUGCUGCACUUCCUCAGGUCAUUCCUUCCGAAAUUGGACGAGGUGCUGAUUUUCCUGGCUUCGUAGAAGCUGUACUCACCAAGCUCCAACACCCCUUUGAGCAGCUUCUUGAUCAGCUUGAGAUGUCGCCAACAAUCAUCAUCUAUGACAUGGUGUUGAGUUGGGUUGUUGGAGUUGGAAAUCAAAGGAAUAUUCAUGUGGCUGCGCUUGUAACUUUCUCAGCUGCAUUUCUUACUGUAAUCUCUCACUUUGAUUUGUUGGUUCGUCAUGGUCAUUUUCCACUUGAUGUCUCAGAAAGAGGAAAAGAGGUUGUGGACUACAUUCCAGGACUUCCUUCAACAACAAUUGCAGAUUUCCCAACAUUUUUCCAUGGAGAUGGCAGAAAGACAUUACCUCGAUUUCUCGAAGCAAUUUCUAGUUUAAACAAUGCUCAAUACAUUUUGUCAACAACUAUCUAUGAAUUUGAAGAUCAGGUUAUCAAUUGCCUAACAACAAAAUUUCGAAUUCCAAUUUAUCACAUUGGUCCAAUGAUACCAUACUUAGAUUUUGCUAAUAAUAACCAAUACUAUUUCCAAUGGUUGGAUUCUCAACCAAAAAGUUCAGUGUUGUACAUUUCACAAGGAAGUUUUCUGUCAACUUCAAAUGAUCAAAUCCAUGAGAUCAUAGCUGGGAUUAAGGAGAGUAAUGUUCGAUUCUUGUGGGUAACACGUGGUGAUAAUUCGAGGUUUAAAGAUGGUGGUAACAUUAGUGAGCAAUUCGGGUUAUUAGUACCUUGGUGCGAUCAAUUGAAGGUGUUAUGUCAUCCUUCUAUAGGAGGAUUUUGGACGCAUUGUGGUUGGAAUUCUACUUCGGAAGGUAUAUAUGCUGGUGUUCCGAUGCUCACUUGUCCGUUAUUUUGGGAUCAAAUGCUCAAUAGUAAGAUGAUAGUGAAUGAUUUAAAGAUUGGGUGGAGAGCGAUAACUAAUGAUACAGGAGAGUUAGUCACAAGGGAGGAAAUAACAAAGCUUGUGAGAAAAUUUAUGGACCCGGAAAAUGGUGAACGUAAGGAAAUGGUUAGACGAUCAAAAGAGUUGCGAGAUACGUUUGUAAAGGCAAUUGAAGAUGGAGGUUCAGCUUCUUCUAGCAUUGGUAAUUUCAUCAACGACAUUUUGCCAAAACAUUAGUAGAAGUAAGAAGUCGAACUUUCAACAAUAAAUAUUCACUCAUAUAUAAGUGAAAAUAGGAUAUUUGUGAAUUGUGAUCAUAUUUAAUCCGUUUAAUAUGUAUAUUCCAUCUGCUUCAAAAUAUUAAGGAAGCAUGAUAUUUGAGAUUAAACUUUGAUUAU